UCCAAUUAAUCUAUAUAUAAGUUUCCUCUUAUACACACAGUCUGAUAAUAACAAUGUGUUGGUUAGGUACUACGUUGCCAUGUCAUUAACAAUCCCAGAGCAUGGGCGGUAUUAAUGCUUCUAUAUUAUAAAAUCGUCGAGUAAGCUACUUCAUUGGGAUUGCAUAUAGAUUAGGAAUUAGGCAAUACCUUUCUAGAGGCGACAAGAAGUUUUACAAGACGAGAAUACCUUCAGUGGUGAAGCCGCAACGUCAUCAGCUUUACUUCGAUGCGAUCGAUUCGGCCGAAUCUCUCCGAAUCAUCUGUUGCAGAUCUUUCAGCUUUAGUAGCUCUUGGGCUCUUUCAGCUUUGACGUUUUGGAAGUCAUUUUUCUUGUAAGUAUUAGGCAAAAUCAGCCACUGCCGAAAUCUUUCACAAGAAUAUUUUCAAUCGAUACGAACAGGAAAGUCAAUGAAUUGGAAAAUUAAGGUGUAUGUAUAUAUAAUAUUACCUAUGUGUAUAAAAUGUUAUAUAAGUUUGAGUAUGUAUAAGUUUAAAUCAUUAUGAAAUUAUUUUAGCCCGAAAUAUUUUUUUAUUUAUGAUCUCGGGUGUUUCCAAAUGGAACAGAUCUCUAACCUUUUUAUCACGGUGGUCGGUCAAACUGAUAACGUCGCCUCCAAUUCAGCUUUUACUUGCUAUCAGUCCCCGAAGCUCAUUCAAUUGACUCGAACGACAUGGCGAAAAUAUUAUUCCUUUUAUUUAGUGCAUUCAUUCCUUAUGUUCUCACUCAAUGUACACUGGAAACGGCAGAGCCGCGUUUUAAAAGGUCAGUGUAUGAAUUUUCGAUAGAGCUAUUGACGAGACUCGCUCAGGAGAAGGAGAUUCAUUUUGUGUCUUCCACUCUAUCGACAUGGACCCUGCUGUCGAGCACCUCACUGGGCGCUGCAGACGCGACCCUCGCCGAAAUGAGGCAGGUCCUCAAGCUACAUAAGCUUAAGUGCUUCAACUACAAAUACUUGGAACUCGCAAAGUCCAUCACUGUCAACAAUGAAACCGAUGUAGUCGUGGAGAGAAGCUCGGCAAUAUUCGUCGAUGACAAAGUCCCGAUCCUUGAAUCGUUCAAAAGGAAGAUUAGGACUGCAGCUGCCACUUUCGAAAGCAGAGCGUUCGACGAUGCCGAAUCGGCUGCUCAAAGGAUAAACAACUUCGUGAGCUACACGACGCACGAAGUGAUAGACGAAAUUGUGUCCCCAGCAGAUCUAGAAGACGUAUUUUUAAUUAUAAUCGAUGCCAUAUUUUUCAAAGGCACGUGGAAAACUCCAUUCCCUUACGAGAACACUGAUGUGGGAGCUUUCUACAACGAGAGAGGAGCUCAAGUCGGUCAGGUUAAUUCGAUGUUUGUGACCGCAUCGUUCAACUACAGGGAAGCACCUAAAUUAAAAGCAGAAAUACUGGAAAUUCCGUACGGAAGCGGCGCGAGGUAUUCGAUGUUGGUCUUUCUUCCACUAAAAGACGAGUCCGUGUACACUGUAAUCGAUAAGCUCAAACUUGUAAGUUUGAAGACUAUACAAAAUCUAUUUGAUGAAGUCGGACCCACUCAACUGGCCGUAUCUUUCCCUCGAUUUAAGAUAACUUCAGAUCAUAACAACUUGAAGGAAUUGUUAGAGGAUAUGGGCUUGAAGACGAUGUUCGACAGCGAUAAAGCGCAGUUUCCUAAUUUAUCCGACUACCCUCUAUACGUCUCCAAUUUUAUUCAGAAAGCUGACAUAGAAGUGACCGAAGAAGGCACGGUCGCGGCCGCGGUGACCGAAGAGGAGUUCUCGUUCAGAAGUGGCCCCCGUCAGUUCAAUGUCAACAAACCAUUCCUGUUCAUGAUUGUAGAUAAAAAGGUUGAAGUGCCUCUAUUCGUCGGGGCGUAUUCGAAACCGAGCGUAUUUUGAAUAAAAUAAUAUUAUGAGUAGUUGUUA